AUGAGGCUUAUGAAACAGAAGAACUGGGAAACUGAUCAUUUUAUGUGGAUUUUCAUAUGGCAGAACGAUUUCAAUUUUGAGAAGAGAGAUUGGAUGACUGUUCAACCAGAGGAGUUACGGACAGGGUCACGAUUGAUCAUGGGGUUGAACCCUCCUUUCGGAGUUAAAGCAGCUUUGGCAAACAAGUUUAUCGACAAGGCUCUCGAGUUCAAUCCAAGGAUUCUUAUUCUAAUUGUUCCACCAGAUACUCAAAGGUUAAACGAAAAGAAUUCGCAUUAUAAUCUAAUUUGGGAGGAUGAGCAGUUUCUGUCAGGAAAGUCAUUCUAUCUCCCUGGAUCUGUUGAUCAGAAUGACAAACAAAUGGAGCAGUGGAAUGUGAGGCCACCUCCACUCUAUCUUUGGAGCCGUCCUGAUUGGUCUGCUGAGAACAAGGCUAUAGCUCGAGAGCAUGGGCACAUCUCUGCAUCACCACCAGGGUUACAUGAAAACAUUGCCAAAUCAACAACUCUGCACCACUUCCCCAGCUCUAGGCGUUUUCAUCACAACAUUCCCAAAUUCACAAACAAUUUCUAA